ACUACAGCUGCCCAAGUUCGUCAGUUUAUCUUGUGACACCAUUGGUUUCUGUUGUUUACAGUACUUGCAAGUCGCCAUGGGUGAACAGAUGGCAGUACGUGUGGUGCUCGUGCUCGUGGGCUUGGUGGGCGUGAUGGGCGGGGCCGAGGUGUCUCCCACGCGCGUGAGUGGGACGCCCGAGAGGACCAAGCCGCCCACGGAGGGAGCGCGCCCUCAGUACGUGCAGACGCUCUACAAGAACACAAAGCAGCAGGAAGUGAUGAACACGGUGGAGCCCCUGUGGCCCUCCUACGAGGUGAGCUACUACAGCACCAAGACCACGGCCAUCGGCAACCAGACCAUCUCGACGUCCCAGGUGGAGUUCGCGACCGUCCUCAACUCCACGGUCGAGUAUUACACCGACCUCUCGGCGACCAACACGUGGGACGUCGCGCCCACCACCUACCAGACCAUGGACUUCCAGCACCAGAGAGUCACCUUCACCGACGCGGCCAACGUCACCCACACCACCGUCGAGAAUAAUGACUUGCCUUUUAUCUAAACUUGGGACGUUUAGAGGAAGGAAGUAUGUGGCCCUCUGUCUCUUUUUUUUCGGAGGGUACUUUGGGGAUGUAAUUUUAUUGUGUGAUAAAGGGCAUGAUUAAAAAAAAAAAAAAUAAAAAAAAA